AUGUCCGAUCCUUUCGCUCCGCGCUCUAUGAAGCGCAAGAACGUCAAAGGUCUUGCUCUGAAAGCAGCCGCUCCACGACCCCCACCAACCGCUGAGACCAGCAAUCAUGAAUACAGUGGAAGCCAGGACGCUGGCAGGGAUGAGCAGCUGGAAAUUGGUAUUGAAUACAAGCUAGAUCUGCGACCUGAGGAUCUUGAAAUCCUCAAGGAAUUAGGAUCCGGAAAUGGUGGAACUGUCAGCAAAGUCAAGCAUAUUACUACCGGGACUGUCAUGGCUCGCAAGGUAAUUCAUGUUGAAGCUAAGCGAGAGAUACGGAAGCGAAUCGUCCGAGAGCUUCAAAUCAUGCACGGGUGCCAUUCAGACUAUAUCGUGACAUUCUACGGCGCCUUCCUAACCCCCAACAACGAUGUGAUCAUGUGUAUGGAGUAUAUGGAUGUUGGGGUCUUUGGGCCUGUCCGGGUUGAUGUCUUGGGCAAGAUCGCCGAAGCCACUUUGGGCGGCUUGACCUAUCUCUACACAAAGCAUCACAUCAUGCAUCGUGAUAUCAAGCCUUCUAACAUCCUGGUAAACUCAAGGGGCGGAAUUAAACUUUGUGACUUCGGUGUCUCAGGCGAGCUUGUCAAUUCCAUUGCCGACACCUUCGUCGGAACUUCCACCUACAUGGCCCCUGAAAGAAUCCAGGGUGAAAAGUACACGGUUAAGUCAGACGUCUGGAGUUUUGGUCUUAGUAUCAUGGAGCUUGCCAUUGGCAAGUUUCCUUUUGCAGCCAGCGAGCAGGUAUCGGAUGGCGAUUUUGCCCCUGCGGGUAUCCUGGACUUGUUGCAACAGAUCGUUCACGAACCAGCUCCAAAGCUUCCCAAGAGCGAUGCUUUCCCUAGUAUCCUCGACGACAUGAUCCAGAAGUGUCUUUACAAGGAGCCCGAACGUCGACCUACUCCUCAAGAGCUCUUUGACCGCGAUCACUUUGUGCAGGCUGCCAAGCGUACACCAGUCGAUCUUAGGGAAUGGGCUGUUGGCAUGAUGGAACGCGACAACAGGAAAUCGCAUCUCGCCCCUCAGCUCUCUCCUUCAACGCAGGACCUCCUUCGAUCAAGCGAUUCUCCUACCCAAUCUCAGCAGGCUCAAGCCCAGGCACAAGCUCAACCCGAAGAGCGUUCACACACUCCCACUUCAGGCGAGAUUCCCAUUGGCGGUGCCGGUAUCACCUCCCCUCGCGACCAAUACGGCUCAAACCAGAACCGAUCACCUCCUCGAAACGGACAUGCAUCUUCCCGAACGCCGGCUUCAGCACAUCCUGGACUGGGAUCUAGGGUUAUUACCACAAAUUCCAUCCCCAAGGUUUCGGGUUACCCCGAUAACGUCGGCCCAGUGAGUGCAAACGCUGCAACUUUUAGUUUGCCCGUUCGGCCGGCACCCCCAGGCGGCCCUUUGCCGCCACCUCCACCCCGAAAAGAAACUCCUGAUGAGUUGCGAAGAGAGAAUAGGAGACAAGCUACGUUUGGGCUGCCACCCAACCCAAGCUACGGCAUACAGUGA